CAACGCUGAGCUGCGUAACCGACCGUCCGCGUAUUGGAUGCUGGCGGGACCGUGCUUCACCUCCAAGUUCUAGUUCCACCUGUGCUGCGCCUCUCCAACUCUCGGCUGUCCACGACUUUCUGCAAUAGAAGAGAGGGUUGGUUUGCUACGUCAGCUUCUUGCCCGUCAGACAUAGGCGACUCUCCGACGGAGACCUUUACGACCAAACAUCCUCCACCCUACUAUUAUACCUCUUUUCCCCCCUCACCAAUCCCCCUCAUCUACUGACGACUCAACGAUCGACGACCACUGCUAGUCGAGCUUACUGCCCAAACUCGCAAUGGCGUCACUCAAUUUGUCCAUCAACGGACCCUCGAUCAAGAGCAGCUACCAGGGAGUCAUCAACGGCCCGCCCCCAAACUCGAGCUCCCCAACAUACGCUCAAUGGGCCUUGUUCUCAGUUCAGGCUCCUUUGGCCAAUGCUUUCCAAGACAGCGGCAACAAGGAGAGUGUGCUCAAGGUCCAGAGCACUGGUGAUGGCGAGCUCUCCGAGCUCAUCGAAGACUUCAACGAGGGCCGCAUCCAGUUCGCUUUUGUCAAGGUCAAGGAUCCCAACUCUGGCCUCCCCAAGCACGCCCUGAUUGCUUGGUGCGGAGGCGGUGUCCCCGAGAGAACCAAGGGCUACUUCACUACCCAUACCGCCGCCGUUUCCAAGAUCCUCCACGGCUACCAUGUCCAGAUCACCGCUCGUUCAGACAGCGACCUCGAGCCAGAGAGCGUCAUGCGCAAGAUUGCCGAUGCCUCCGGUGCCAAGUACUCAGCAGGCGGUUCCACGUCUUCCGCUGCCCCACCUCCGGUUGCCUCUAAGCCCGUCUUCACACCCACCACAUCAUCAAGCGGCGUCAAUCCCAUCGUCGCCGCGCGAAACCGCAAGCCCGCAGGCGUCGACGAGGAUGGCUGGGGAGACGAUGCACCUCAGGUGACUCGGUCCCAGCUGGAGAAGGUCGAAUCUGCGUACAAGCCCACCAAGGUCAACAUGGCAGAGCUCACGAAGCAACGGCAAGAACCCUCCGGCUUCAACGGAAACGGCUCCCAAGACAGGCCUGAUGUCGUGAAGGGCGCAUACCAACCCGUUGGAAAGGUGGAUAUUGCUGCGAUUCGUGCCGCAGCGAAGAACCAGCAGGACGACAGGCCUGCUCCGGUCAAGGGUGCGUACGAACCCAUCGGCAAGGUCGACAUUGCAGCUAUUCGCGCCAAGGCACAGAAGCCCUCAGAGGCUGCGGCACAGGAGCCCGAGGAAGAUGAGCGGCCCAAGUCGCUGGCCGAGCGAAGUGCCGCAUUCAACCAGUCAGAACGCUUGACAUCACUGCCGAAGCCCAAGGUCGCCAACAAGUUUGGCGGUGCGGCAGCUUUCACCGGCACCAAGGCCCCGGCGCCCGGUGGUCUUGGAUUCGGCGCACCCUCUGCUCCGGCGCCCCCACCAGUGGGUGCCGCAAGCCGCACGUUUGCCGACCAAGGUGGCAAGACGCCAGCUCAGCUUUGGGCCGAGAAGAAGGGAAAGCAGGGCGGAUCCGUAUCCAACGUUGUCUCGCCUCCGGUCACUUCUCCGAUUGGCGUUCAGUCGACCGGAGAGUGGAAGAGCGGCUACUCUGGCAAGUCAUGGGGACCCGUCAAGAUGCCCGAGUACGGCAAGGGUUCCAUUAGCCAGGAGAACACCGGCGAGGAUGCCCAGCGAAGUGUCGAGACGCCCGCUUCUCCUAGUGGCGGCAUUGGUGCCCUCAAGGAGCGCUUCACCGGCGGAGCCCCGCCCAUUCCCCGCGAGUCGCAGCCUCAGCAGCAGCAGCAGCAGCAGCAAGAAUACGAUGAACCGUCUCCUCCUCCCCCGCCUAGCGGUUCCCGGCCUCCCCCAGCUGGUGGAUUUGCUCUGCCUGGACUGCCUUCCAGGCCGGCCCCUGAAGAGGAAGAAGAGGAGGAGGAGCCACAGUCUCCCAUUAGAGUUGCGCAGCCCGUCUCUCGCGGACCCCAAGUUGAGAUGGAGGCGCCCGAGGAGAGGGAACCUCCCCGCCCUAUCCCUACUCAGCAAGAGCUACCUAGGGAGGAGGACCUUCCGGAAGACAACGACGCUGGCCGCGGCGCUGCCGCAGUUGUCGCAGAGCAAUCAUUUGGUCAGGAGCAGGUAGCGGCAGGCCAAGCGGACACCGGCGGCAAACGCGCCGUGAUUCAAUACGACUACGAGAAGGCGGAAGACAACGAGCUUGAGCUUCGCGAGGGCGAGUAUGUCACAAACAUCGAGAUGGUGGACGAGGACUGGUGGAUGGGAACCAACUCCCGCGGCGAGAGCGGCUUGUUCCCCAGCAACUACGUCGAGCUUGUUGAGGAUGAGCCUGAACCGGCGCCGGCGGCACGAAGCGCCCCUCCUCCCGCACCGGCUCAAGCGGAGCCCGAACCGGCAGCUGCCGCUGGUGGCCGAACAGCCACCGCGCAAUUCGACUACGAGGCUGCUGAGGAUAAUGAACUUUCGUUCCCCGAGAAUGCAACGAUCAAGGACCUCGAGUUCCCUGACGAGGAUUGGUGGUUCGGUUCCUACGGUGGCAAGCAGGGUCUCUUCCCUGCCAACUAUGUCCAGCUGGACAACUAGGGAUGAAUUGAUGGGUAGCGGUUAGAAAAAGUCCCCAUGACGGCCAGCGACGAAUCACGCCCUGAGCCUCUCAACCAAGAACAGUCUUGAGUUGUGAGGCUCUUAGCUGCGUUUAAGAUGAAUAAAAAUAUCGGUG